CAGAGUGCGUCGUUGUGUGUUCCUCCUGGUGUCUGCGCGACAUGUGCCCAUCGUGCCGCCGCUGAAGACAGCCAGACCUUCGCCCCGAGGGGCCCAGUGCCGCCACAGUGGAUAUGUACGCGUACGCCGGGGGCGGCCCCCCGCACUAUGCGCCGCCCCCCACCUACCUCCAGCCGCAUCCCCCGGCCCACCACCCCCAGGUGGCCCCGGUGCCCAUGGGGCAGGAGCCGCCGCCGGUGGCCCACUACUCCAAGCGCAGAAGGUCAGAUGAAGACGACCCGAGUGGCAGCAAGUACACGAGGAUGGAGGACGACAGCAUCCAAGAUAAGGAGCGCUUUGCUAGUAGGGAGAAUCACUGCGAAAUUGAGCGUCGGAGGCGGAACAAGAUGACGGCCUACAUCACGGAGCUGUCGGACAUGGUGCCCACCUGCAGCGCUCUCGCGAGGAAGCCGGACAAACUGACGAUACUCCGGAUGGCUGUGGCCCACAUGAAGGCCCUCAGAGGGACGGGCAAUACAAGUACCGACGGCACCUACAAACCCUCGUUUCUUACAGACCAGGAAUUAAAACACCUGAUUUUGGAAGCUGCUGACGGAUUUUUAUUUGUUGUCAGUUGUGACACUGGUCGCGUCAUUUACGUGUCCGAUUCGGUCGCGCCUGUUUUAAAUUAUUCACAGAGCGACUGGUACGGGUCAUGCUUGUACGAUAACAUACACCCCGAAGAUGUAGAAAAAGUCAGAGAACAACUCUCUACGCAAGAACCCCAAAACACAGGAAGAAUUUUAGACCUGAAGACCGGGACAGUCAAGAAAGAGGGUCAUCAGUCUUCCAUGAGACUCUGUAUGGGUUCCCGGAGGGGGUUUAUAUGUCGAAUGAAAGUCGGAAACUUGGCGCCCGAGAACAUGGCGAUCGGACAUCUGAACAGGCUGAAACAACGAAAUAGCUUAGGUCCUGGAAGGGACGGACAAAAUUACGCCGUGGUACACUGCACAGGUUAUAUAAAAAACUGGCCACCAACUGACAUGUUUUCAGGAGUUCAAAUGGAACGUCAGGCAGAGGACGACAUGCACACUUCCCACUGCUGUCUUGUGGCUAUAGGCCGCCUUCAGGUCACCUCAACUCCCAACACCAGCGACCUCUCGGGCUCAAACAGCACGGCGGAAUUCAUUUCGCGCCAUUCCAUGGACGGGAAGUUCAGUUUCGUAGAUCAGAGAGUCAUAGGUUUACUCGGUUAUUCCCCGCCCGAACUACUCGGGAAGAGCUGUUUUGAGUUCAUUCAUCGCGAUGACCAAAACCACAUGAAAGAUAGUUUCGAGCAAGUGCUCAAACUCAAGGGACAAGUGUUAUCAGUAAUGUAUAGAUUCCGAGCCAAAAACGGGGAGAUGGUGUGGUUACGCACUAGCGCUUUUGCGUUCCUGAAUCCGUAUACAGACGAUGUUGAGUACAUUGUUUGCACAAAUACCACAGCGAAGUCAUUACACAGUGGGCAAGAAGGUACCGCUGAAUCAGAACAAGUCUCGUAUCAACAACCCGGUUUGGAUUACAGUUUACAACGGAGGGACGCUGGAUUAUAUUCGCACAUGCUGCCAUCUGCUCAUAUUCAAAAUCCGCAGCAGACGGCGCGCCCCAGCAGCGGCCAGAACGUGUACAGUUCGUACGAGCCGACUGCGUCGCCGAUCGCCUACGGUUCACCCCAGGCCACCGCUAGUAGCAGCAGCGCCGGAGUCUUGGGCCGGCUGACUAAGGGUAGCACAACCAGCCCCACCCCUGCUGCGGCGGCAUGGACGUUGCGUCAGGCGCAGCCCGCUCCAGAGGGCUAUCAGUACAACCAGCCGAGUCCUAGAUCGCCGGGCCCCACUUACACUCAGUUGAGUGGCGGGUCGAGGGCAGGGGCGGCGCCGGGGCCGUCGUACCAGUGGAACACCUGGCAAGGGGGCUCCAAUCAGGCGUCGGAGUCGGGAGGGCCGGGCUCGAGUGGGUCCGGGCCGCCUCAGCAGCCGCAGCCGCACGAGUUGUCCGAUAUGCUCCAGAUGUUAGACCAAGGGGGCGCCGCCACGUUCGAGGACUUGAACAUGUUCAACACCACCUUCGAAUAAGGAGGGAGGUGCGGACGUGAACGUUUUUUUUGAUUUGUGCAAGCAAGUUUGCGAAUAUUGUGCAAGUAUGAACUGAUUUUAUUGUAUUUUUUUGUUAUCUAUAUGUAUUGUGUAGUGCUAAAGUGUAUUAUUUAUUUUGUAAAUUAAACUACGAUUUUAGUACACUUA